UGCCCCCCGGUUCGCCUUGCUGUCAAAGUACGCAGCCCAAGCGUGCGGCAUUUUUGCACAAAAGAAGCGCCGAAUCCUCACUUCAACAAGCUGCCGUCAGAAAAGUCGUCCAGUGCCUGGUGUCGCAAGUAAAUCUCCGGUCAAUCAACGAGCGUGUCUGGCAAAACCGAGUGCAACGGAGGGUGGAGGAGAAAGGAAGUGACAAGCUCUUCAAUUUGGCGGGUUUUGCUCUUUGCGCGAAGUAGAGGAAGGAGGAAAGCAAGCCGAACAAGUCGCAGUCAAAAUGGGUGAUCGUGGAGAUGGAGCUGAAGCCUUCGAUGAUGCCGUUGAGGAGCGGGUCAUCAACGAGGAGUACAAGAUUUGGAAGAAGAACACUCCGUUCCUUUAUGAUCUGGUAAUGACCCAUGCGCUCGAGUGGCCUUCGCUGACGGCGCAGUGGCUGCCGGAUGUGACAAAGCCGGAGGGCAAGGACUACUCGGUGCACCGGUUAAUCCUUGGAACGCACACGUCGGAUGAGCAGAACCAUCUGCUGAUUGCGAGUGUCCAGCUGCCGAACGAGGACGCUCAGUUUGAUGCGAGCCAUUACGAUAAUGAGAAAGGCGAGUUUGGCGGGUUUGGAUCGGUUUCGGGCAAGAUUGAAAUCGAAAUUAAGAUUAAUCACGAGGGCGAAGUGAACCGAGCUCGGUACAUGCCCCAGAAUCCGUGCGUCAUUGCCACCAAGACGCCGUCGAGCGACGUGCUGGUGUUUGACUAUACCAAACAUCCGAGCAAACCGGAACCAAGUGGCGAAUGCCAUCCGGAUUUGCGCCUGCGAGGACACCAAAAGGAGGGUUACGGCCUGUCGUGGAACCCGAACCUCAACGGCUAUCUGCUGUCCGCCAGUGAUGACCAUACGAUCUGUCUGUGGGACAUCAACGCCACUCCGAAGGAGCACCGGAUUAUCGACGCCAAGAACAUCUUCACCGGUCACACGGCGGUCGUCGAGGACGUCGCUUGGCACUUGCUGCACGAGUCGCUGUUCGGUUCCGUGGCCGACGACCAGAAGCUCAUGAUCUGGGACACGCGCUGUAACAACACCUCCAAACCGUCCCACACUGUCGAUGCGCACACGGCCGAAGUCAACUGUCUCAGCUUCAACCCGUACUCGGAGUUCAUCCUGGCGACGGGUUCUGCCGACAAAACCGUUGCCCUGUGGGAUCUGCGCAACCUCAAGCUCAAACUGCACUCGUUCGAGUCGCACAAGGACGAAAUCUUCCAGGUCCAGUGGUCGCCCCAUAACGAAACCAUUCUGGCCUCGUCCGGCACCGACCGGCGGUUGCACGUGUGGGAUCUGUCCAAGAUCGGCGAAGAGCAGAGCGCCGAAGACACCGAGGACGGACCGCCCGAGCUGCUGUUCAUCCACGGCGGCCACACCGCCAAGAUUUCCGACUUUUCGUGGAACCCCAACGAACCGUGGGUCAUCUGUUCCGUGUCCGAGGACAACAUCAUGCAGGUCUGGCAGAUGGCCGAGAACAUCUACAACGACGAGGAACCCGACGUCCCGGCCAGCGAAAUCGAGGCGGGUGCUCCGUAAGUUGUGUAUUUUUUAAUAAACCUUGUUUUAACUUCUUUUUACAAACAAUAAUUGUCCAAACAACAAUUCAUACACACAAACACACAUUGUAAUUCCAAAACUGUAGCGUAGCGAGUAAGCAACAUAAUUCUAAUAAACGUCUUAAUGUUCUAUGAGAAGCAGUU